AUGGAUCACUUAAAGCUCACAGCUUCCGUACAAUUAACCAACUGGGAUGCGACAACGUCCCCAACUGUCUAUGAGAUGUAUGACGGUCAGAAAACAAAACGAAAAAUAUCUUUCCAAUCGUGA